AUGAUCGAAUUAAAUUUCCAUUUUGAUUUGUUGGAAAGACGAAAAUGUUUACCAGGAAGCAAUGUGGAAUUAGUUCCUAGAUAUAACAUCAAUGAAGAAUGGAAGGCAACCUGCUUGUGGACGCGGUAUGGUCCGACGUAUUCCAGGCCCGGAUUUCUAAAACUAGAACGAGAAUCGACGGCUGAAGAAAUCUUCAUAUCUGGAGCAUUUAAGCUAUUCAGGGGUGAAAAGUGCUUGCUGAAUCGAAAGUUCGGUCAACUAAUGGAUACUGGUUGUAAGACCGCUAUUAUAGAGUUUGGUGCUUAUAACGACGAUUUUUCCAGAGAUCCACUCUCCAUAAGCGGCAAUUUAAGAAUUCCCUCUGCAUUGGGAAAGCGAGAUAUGGAAUCAUUAUUUUUAUUAUCAAGUGAUUAUGAGCGUUUGCGGGCUGAUGAAAGAGCUCCCCUCUCCGACGUCAAAUUUAAAUGCGGAGCUGAAUCUUUUUCAGCUCAUAAGAUUAUCCUGUCUACGAGAUCUCCAGUUUUCAGGGCCAUGUUCACAACAGACAUGACGGAGAAUCUUAACAACCAAGUGGAGAUAACCGAUAUAAGCCCGCAGAAUUUUAGAGUUUUACUAUCUUACAUUUACUCCGGUGAAACGGGACAACUCACUUUUGAUUCGGUGGAAGGUCUUUUGUUCGCUGGUGACAAAUAUGAACUUUUGGAACUUAAAAGGAAAUGCUCUGAGUUUCUGAAGAGUUCCGUUUCAACCGAAAAUGCACUAAAUGUUCUAGUUCUUGGAUAUCUACACGACGACGAAUUGAAGACAUUUGCGUUGGAGUUUAUCUACAAAAAUAUCACUGUUCUAGAGAAAAAGGAAGAUUUUAUUAACUUGAGUGAGUGUUAUUCAUCUUUGUACUUGGAUAUUUUAAAAUUUGUGGGCAAGUCCAGGCGAGAAGAGAGGAUGACGUACUUAAAGACUUCGACAAAUGAAUUUAGGAUUUAA